AGGUUUUCAAUCGGACUCAUUGACCUACUGGCAGAUACCCAAAUCUGGUAUAUAUAUUAAACUUGCACGCACGACUAGUACGUUUUCAUCGAUAAACGCGUUGUCCAGUCUGGCUUGUAUAAACAAUAUAAAUGGUUUUCCACGCUGGACGUUUUUAAAAACUUUUGCAUCGAUAUAAAGGGACCCCUGAUAUGGUUGGUGUUACAUACAUCUAAAAGAACAAAUAUGCGUCUAGGCUGUGAUCUCUCUGUUCUGGAAGAGCUAACUUCAAAUGCAAAGCAAAUACAAGAUGAUGUAUUGAACAAGAUACUCAAAGCUAACGCAAACACAGAGUAUCUCAGCCGUUUUCUCGAGGGGAGCUCCGACAAAGAGCUGUUCAAGAAGAACGUACCAGUGGUGAGCUAUGAAGAUGUUAAGCCUUACAUCGAUCGUGUGGCAAACGGAGAACCCUCGGACAUCAUUUCUGGCGAACCCAUUACUACGUUUAACCGAAGCUCUGGAACUUCAAGUGGGAAUCAAAAGAUAUAUCCUGCGAACAACAUCUUCAUUGAGAAUACGCUAUUCGGAUUUGGACUGAGCUCUAUCGUCAUGUCCAACUAAUUAAUAUUUACAUGCUUCCUUUUUUUCAUGUGCUGCCAUGUAAUUAUUUUGACGGCUAAGAUUGAUUGAUAUCUUUUUGGUUGAUAUUAAAGGCAUGUAGAUGGUUAUAAGCAAGGAAAGGUGAUGGUAUUUAGUUUCACUCACCGGAUAUCCACAACUCCUUGUGGUUUGCCUGUUGCUCCCGCGCUAACGAACUUCAUAAGGGCACGAUUAUCGUUCGUCCCAAAGCCCGUCCUUAUUAAUAUUGGGUCGAGAAAUAAAUCAAAAAGACUGAAUAACAUUGUAAACGGACCUUAAUUUAGGACGUUGGGCUUCGUCCUUACGAGGGACGUGGCAGCAUUCAAUUGGGAGUCGAAAUAGGGUUGGGAAAGUCGCACCGUGUCUUUUUUUUCACCCUUCUCCUGAUUCUCUCUUCUCCGCGGCGAUAGUUUUGGCGAUAGCCUCUCCAGAGAUUUCAAAGACGAAUCGACAUCCCCAAUCGAUUUGCUGCCUCAUCGACGCUUCUCCGCCGAUUCAAACCCAAACGAGGUAUGUGUUCCUCCUUCUUCAUCGGAUUUAGAUGAUUUUGUUGUCAUUGAUGAUUUGUAUCCUCCGUUUCUGGGAUCCGUCAUGGCGAAAGCUCCUCCGGAGAUUUCAAGGACGAAUCGACAUCCCCAAUCGAUCUGCUGCCUCAUCGACGCUUCUCCGGCGAUUCAAACCUAAACGAGGUAUGUGUUCCUCCUUCUUCAUGGGACUGUCGUUUGUGAUUGUAAAUGAAAUAGAAUUACGGUUUUGUUAAUUUUGUUUCGUCUUCCUUGCAUGCAUAGAUGCUUGAUGCUUGAUUUCAUUAAGAAAAUUAGCUGGCCUUGUGACCGCAAUUUGCUUGUUUGUGACUGCAAUUUGCUUGUACAAACUCCUUGACGCUUGAUUUGCUUGAUUUGAUUGUUUGUGAAUGUCGUUUGUGACUGCAAUUUGCUUGGUGAAACGCCUUGGUGGUUGGUGAAACGCCUUGAUGCUUGAUGCUCGAUUUGCUUGUUUGUGACUGUCAUUUGUGACUGCAAUUUGCUUGUACAAACGCCUUGAUGCUUGAUGCUUGAUUUCAUUAAAAAAAUUAGCUGGCUUUGAUGCUUGAUUUCAUUUAGUAUCAUUUGAAUUCCUGUUAUAUAUUGAUUCUCCAUGUUAUUUGAAUUUUUUUUGUUUUGUUUUCGGUUUAACUUGUAUCAAGAAUUGCAUAUGAUUCUUUGGAAAUAUUGAGACUGAUAAUUUAGAGACUCUCGUUUCUAUUGAAUCUGAUUAUUUAGAGUUAAGGUUUGAGUUAGUUCGAUUGAAACCAAAUACACUUUGAAUUUAAUGAGCUAGUUAAAGUACAGUUGAUAGGUUUAGUGUUGUUGUAUCUGUAAUAACUUUUGAUAAGACCAGGGAUACUCACACACUUCAGUUGGCUGAGAAGGUUGAUUAUCUUGCCGGUAUGAGCGACUACCGGACAGAGCUUAACAAGAUAAAGGAUCUCCAAUACGAGACUGAGCAGAAAAUGGUAAGGGUAGAAAAGCUAGUGUCUGAGUUAGGUAAUAAGAAAUCAACGUCUACCAAUGGCUUUGGCUUUGAAUAUUUUGUAGGUGUAAUCGUUAUUGUGUUAGUUUUAAUAGGUACGUGGCUCAUGGUUUAGUUAAUCAUGGUCUCCUUUCUAUUACAUGACUUUGUAAUGUGCUUUAUUUGCUUCGAAUGAAUGAGUUAUGUGUAAUGACUUUGUAAUGAACAUGACCGUGUGAUGACUUUGUAAUGUGAUGACUUUGUGAUGAACAUGACCGUGUAAUGUGUUAGUUUGUGAUGUGAUGACUUUGUAAUGACCAAAUAAGUGUACCGA